AUGGCAUCACAAGGAAAAGCGGACCCCCUGCAAGCCCUGAACUACGAUUGCAUUAAUCUAGUCUUACAGGAUCUAAGUCCACAAGAUGUUGCCAAAGCCGAACAGGUCAGUAACUCCUGGAAGAUUCACAUUCGUGACUGGGAAGCUGGGCCGGGAUGCGUUCACCAUUUCCCUGAUGCAUGGAAGGAGCUUAAGGUCACGAACGACCUUAACGCAGUUGAGGUAUUCAAGGAAUGUGCUUCGCAAAAAACCGCCACGGAUAGAUGGCUAGCGGCCAAACCUCGCUGGGUAAUGGAAUGUCAUCCAGCUCUCAUUGAAAAGUCCGAGAGGGCGGCGGGCGACUUUAUUUCGUGGACUUCACUAUCGGAUGGCCAUAUCUACUGCCAGCGCGUUGGAUAUGAAAAGGACACCGCAGGAAAAUGGCGGCAGUUCCCAAAGGUCAGAGUCGACCUCAAGGUCUCGAGGGCCGCCGGCACGGAGAUUAAGUGCACCAGACUCCAUGCUUCGGGUCUGCUGUACGUCGCGACAUCUGAGCGAGGUUCUCCCCCUGAUAGGGUAUGCACAUACAGGGACCACGUAUUCGAACUUGAAACCGGCAAGCUACUCUGGUCCAGAGGCCAGGCAACCCCCCCGUCUCGCCCGCUUGCCCUGGGAUGGGAAAGGUUGUACCGACACGGCCCCAAGCCGAACUCGCUGGAGGCGUAUGAUCUGAGGACCGGCGAUCUCCUUUACACGGUGUCCAUCCCUCCUGAGGUCUACAAAUCGGAACAAGAAGCUCGCGUCUGGCGCCUCCGGGGCAGGGAGGUGAUUGUCGUACCAAUAAGGGGUCACGUCGUCCACCGGGGGUUUGAAUACAACCUCUACCUCGUCGAUGCUGAAACCGGCCUCCGCGUCCAGGUGAUUAAGAUUGUGUACCACGACUACCGCCCCCCGCGGCUGAAGGUAUCAAGCCGCCGUGGGGAACUGGCGUUUGCCGUAAUGGAUCAGGUGGUCGAUGAGCACACCCGCGCGCAGACGGAAAGGAUACGAUUCUUCGAGUACGACGCUGCCAAGGGGCAGUUUGUGGAUGGAAAAGAGGAGCAAAUGGAGAUUAGGGGAGGCGCCGGCGCCAUGUCAGGGCAAUGCGGAGACUAUGACCCGUUUCGGCGGUUCUACACAAUCCCCUCUUUCCCGGAGGGUCACCAUUCCAUUUUUCCGUUUCCUGGCGCUGACGCAGACGCCGACGGCCAGGAUUCCCCAGGUACGGACCAUAUAACGGCAAAUCCUGUUUCUUUCUCGGUCACAGGUGAUGUAGGUGGGCGGGAUGGCGUUCCCGUGAAACCUCAGCGAGGGCUAUGGGGGCUGGCUAAGGUCAGGAUCGCAGGUAACCGACUUUGGCUAUUUCUUGAUAGGGGCUGGGUUGAAGAGCACGGGCGCAAGUUUAUUAUUGUCGAGUUCGGCCCGUCUGCUCUGCCUUUGCCCUCGGAAGAUACCCUCUAUCGCCCGGACGAGCUUGAUUAA